GACUAAAAAGUUUAGUUUUUAAAGAAAGUAGAGGAUAAUACACUGGAUAUUUACAGUACAGGUAAUACAGGCUAAUAUACAGUAGCUUAUACACUAUAUAUUUUAGAUUGGAUUAGAUUUUUGUGUUAUAUUUUAUACUUUGUGAAGAAACAAACAUUCCCCAUGCCAGGAAAGAACCAAUAAGAGCCCCAUAUUCUGUGGUAAAGGUGUGCUUUUUUUUGGAAGUAAUCAACACCUGGACGGCUUCAGGUUACCUGAACAAGACUGAUUCAGAGCCAGUUAAACGGUUUAUUCUUCUACUAAACAUCAUAAAUGUCUGUGUUGAAUAUUGUACUGCUGGGAGAGAAUGGAGCAGAACAGCGCUCUACAGGAAACUCCAUCCUGGGCAGAGCGGCGUUUAGAGAAGAUUUCUCCAGCGGUUCUCUGAACAGACAGUGUGAAUCCGAGAGACAGGAGGGAACGGUGGACGGCAGGAGCGUCUCGGUGAUCAUCUCUCCAGGACUCUUAGACUCUUCAGUGUCUGAAGAAGAUCUGAAGGCUGGAUUAGAUCAGUGCUCCUCCCUCCUGGCCUCGUCUCCCGGUCCUCACCUGUUCCUGCUGCUGAUCAGGGUGGGGAACUUUAUAGAGGAUCAGAGGAACACUGUGAAGUGGAUUCAGGAGAACUUCGGGGAGGACGCUCUGAACUCCACCAUGGUGCUGUUCACCGGCGCUCUUCACCAGCCGCCGGAGGACUAUCUGAAAAAGCACUCUGCUCUCAGGAAGCUGGUGCACAAGUGCAAGGCGGGGUUUCACGUCUUCAGAAACGACCCCGCCCACCUGCUGGAGAAGAUGGAGGGAGCGGUGCAGCAGAACGGAGGAGAGCGCCGCAGGAAGGAGGUGUACGGGAGGAAAGAUGGAGAGGAGGAGAAGAAGAAGAAGAACAGCGAGGGAAAAGCCGAGCUGAUCAUCAGGAGCGUAGGGAAGAUGUUCGGGAAGCUGCUGCAGGUGAUUCUGAAGGCUGUAAUUAUGGAAAUCUGCGCGGUUUUCCGAUCGGCUCUUCAGGGAUUCGGAAUCGGGCUGAUUAUUAUCGUGGCUCUUUCUCUAACGGGGAUUUUAACCCAGUCCUGGAUCUGCUUCCUCCUGAAGCUGCUGAUCUUCGGGAUGAGCGGAGUCAUCGGAGCACUGAUUAGAUUAAAUUCAGAAAAAGAAAUGAACAGACAGGCGUGGGACUGAUUUUGCUCCAUUUAUAUUAUUUUUGGAGCAUUUCUAUUGGUCCAUGCAUGAAGAAAUUCUGAUACUACAUCAACUCUUACUAUUUGCUUUACAAUCUCUUAUGCUUUUACUCUUACACAUUCCCUCUUAAGUCUUACACUCUCUCACGCUUUGUCUUACAAUCUGUCUCUCCUACUGUCUAGCCCUACACUCUCUCA